CAUUUAUUGAGCUAAGUUCCUAAACAUGAAGCUGUUCACUUUCCUCGCCCUCAUCGGGAUGCUUGCAUUCGUCAACUGUGAUGCCAUCAAGUGCUUCCAAACUGUUGGUGAUAAGGUCGAAGAUAAGUUGUGUGCGGGAGAUGAUGUUGAUGCUACAAAAUGCAAGGGGCCGGAAUUUACAUACGCAGCAGGAAUUACUUCGUACGAUUACGGUUGUGGUGAAUGCGGUGCUGAUGCAGACUGUGAAGAAUGUGCCACUGCAAGCUGUAACGUGGAAAAGGUAGCGGCUGACGCCUUCGAGUGUGCCAAUUACGAGUGGAAAACUGACGAGUUUGUGGCAAAUGCUGCGAUGACCACCUGCAAGAGUAAGGCGAGCAUGACAGAACACGUGUGCAACAAGCCCGGUACAGCGGCAGCGUUAGAGGCAGAUUUCACCGCAGCAAACGCAGGAUGUGGACCCUGUUCAGUUGCACAAGAAAAGACCGAUAAAAAGUGCGCGGAAACGAGCACUGAAGUGAACAGUGCAGUGAGCAUGACAGCUCUACUCCUGCCCCUCAUCGCAGCUAUAUACGCUCUCUUCUAGACACAGUACUCUUCUAGACACACACGUACUCUAAUUUUAUUCUAAUACAAACUCUAAUUGUACCGCUCAGUAACCUUGGUAUAACGGCUCUCACUUCCAGCUUUGUAAACCUUGUCCUUGCUUAAUUCUUUGUAAUUAGCAAGAAUUCUGGUAAAGCUGAGCAAAGUGAUAUUUCUAAGUUGACAAAAACAAGAUUUAAAUAGAUAUGUUAAAAUGAUGUUUUGUAUAAUGUGAAUUGUUUAAUACAUCAUCUUUCCUUAAA